AAAACCAGCUGCACCAAUAUAAGAUGUGGGACACCUGACUUGCCAGCAGUAGAUGUGAAAAGGAUCCUCUUUUUUCCCUGUAACAGCAGAGGGCUCAGCUGCUUCCUAUCAAAGUAGCUAUUGCUUGUUAUGCAGGUAAAGUGCCCCCUCUAUUGCAAUGGGCUGAGGAGGUGAGGCUGUGGUUUUAAAUAAGUUGUGAUUGGGUCUGAGUAUGGCCCUUUUUCAAGCUACACCCUUUUGGGUUAAUUGACUCUUGCCACGCCCAUACAAAUGCAGGUUUAUUAAAGGGGCAUCAGUAGUGAAGCGCAUCCCCCCCCCGCUUUAAUUGUUCGUGGUUUUCUUCAGCUUGAAAAUAUUAUACUUUUCUUUGCUUUUAAAGAAAUAGAUUUGUCUGGCUUGGAGGAGAAUGUGGGUGGGCUUUGUGCUCCCCACCCCCCCAGUACCCUGACUUGCAAGGGUAGCUGUAUUUUCUGGAAAAGAGUUGAGGGUUAGGCAAGCUUGGGGAGGGAGGUGAGAGGAUGUUAUGAUCUGAGGCCCAGAUUAGGACCAUGGAAAAACCGCUCCUGGAAGUUGUGGUGAGAUCCACGGAAGAAGACCUUUGUCAGAAACGCCCAGCGUCUGAGGAAGAACAACCUAUUUAUAAAAGAGUACGGAUGGAUUCGCCAGUUCAUCCAGUCGAGUCGGAGGCCUCUCUACCACCAGAGAAGACUUCUACUCCAGCCUGCCCCACAGCGCCCCCUCCAGCCUGCUCCACAGCUCCGCCUUUGUCCACACACCAGUGCAAGAAACCUUCACGCAGGGCUGCUUAUCAUCCCUUUGAUUUCACCUCAGACGAGCUGGACCCUGCCUAUGAGUGGCCAAGGGAAUCUUCUUCUGCAAGGCAAAGUGGUGUGGAUGUGAUCCCUCUCCUCCGAAGCACUCUGGGCCAGUUUCCUUUAGGUUUGCGACUGGAUAAGCUGGAGGCCCUGGUGUGGAAGGAGCACAAGGUCAAGCUGUGGAAACUGUGCUUGGAGCGAGGCUACAGUGACAGCCUGAAGUUCUUGGAAGUGUUACCUGGGAUCAGGCUCAAACCCUCCGGCAAAGGGACUUUCCGGUGCCUUGUGCUGUUGGACCCAGUGGAGAAAUGGUGUGGUGAAGCGGACAGAGGAUCGGACAGAGAGACCUGGCUUCAAAUCCCCAGUCAGCUAUGAGGCCCCUCUCACAUGGCUGCAGUGCUCUGUUUUUAAAGUUUGAUGCUUUAUUAUGUUUUAUAUAUUCUGUAAGCUGCCC